CACACGAUUGACGUAUACCGCCAGCCCGCUUCAAGGUGCGAUCUUGCCGGAGUGUGGAGACGGGCACACCCCGAUUCCUCUUAAGACCACACGCACACCGUGCCCCGCUGCAGGCUUCACCGCCCCGAAGCCCCGCGGGUCCAUCUAGCAUACUUACUGUGCGACCGUCGCUGACGAAUCCCGCGGACAAUGGCUAGCGUCGAUCUGUCCCAUCAUCUCUCCGCAGAGGCGCGUCUGCGCAAGCCCACGGCCAUGAAAGAGAUCUGGCGGCUCGCGUCGCGCAAGCCGAACAUGGUCUCCCUAGCCAACGGUGACCCGCCCAACAUCCUCUACCCAAUCAAAAGGGUGUCGUUUGAGAUCGCCUCCCCCUCGGGCGACGACCCCGUCGCGUCCUGGAAGACGGAGAGCGCAAACACGCCCACGCAGGUCAUCGGCGCGACGCGCGACGGCCCGUCCGUCCUCCCUGUCAAGAAGGCCAUGCAGUACACGAACGGGGCCGGGCACGUCGAGACGCAGAAAGCGGUCUCCGAGCUCGCGCACGCAUACCACCACCCGCCGAAUCACGUCAUAACCUUGACGCUCGGGAACGGGGACGCUGUGACGAAGUGCUUUCGGCUGUUCGGGAAUCCUGGCGACCACUUCCUCGCAGACGAGUUCACAUUCAGCGCACUCGUCCAAGCGGCCAUACCUCAAGGGAUCAAAUGGGUGCCGGUUCGAAUGGACGAUAGAGGGAUGAUCCCUGAGCGAUUGGAAGAGAUCUUGACUAGCUGGGAUGCCGCACGGGGACCAAGACCGCACGUUCUCUACACGAUCCCAUGUGGACAAAAUCCCACAGGUUCGACAUUGAGCGUAGAGCGGCGCGGGAAGAUCUAUGAGCUUGCGCAACGGUUUGACCUCAUAAUCAUAGAAGACGAUCCAUAUUACUUCCUGCAGUUCCCGUCGUCAGACGCUACUGCAGCCCCGAAGUCCACGCCAUCCUUCGUUUCGUUGGACGUAGAUGGCCGUGUCGUCCGCGUCGACUCGUUCAGCAAAGUAAUUGCGCCCGGCAUGCGACUCGGCUGGAUAACAUCCAGCACGCAGUUCCACGAACAGCUAGUUGCCCUCACGGACUCCUCCAGCCAGCAUCCUCAUGCCUUCGGACAAAUAUUCCUUAGCGAGCUCCUAGGUCCAGAAGGAUGGCAGCUACCGGGGUUCGACAAGUGGGUACGCGGACUCGGGAUGGAGUACAAGCGCCGUUGCGAAUUCUUCCUGGACUUGUUCGCCAAAGAAGUCGCCACUACGGGAUUCGCGGAGGCAAUCCCACCAGAAGCAGGUAUGUUCGUUUGGACGCGGAUCUAUGUCGAGAAGCAUCCCAGAUACCGGAAAGAAGUUGCGGGCGUAGAGGGAGCUAGAGGUCCUCGCACGAACUGCAAGAAGUUGAUGGAGGAGCUGUUCGACACAUGCCUCGACGAAGGACUGGUGGUGAUGCCCGCGUCCAUCUUCAAAGUGGACUCAGACCCGCAUUACACCGAUCCUGAAGACAACAUCGAGGACCGCCUGAACUAUUUCCGUCUCACAUUCUGUGGGACAGAGGAGACCAUGAGAACGGGUUUGUCGACUCUCGGAAGAGGUCUCAGAGUCUUCUUCGCGAAUUAGGGACCAAUGGAUGCGAAUUUUGUUCGAUUAGGGAGAGGAAUAUAACAUGUAGUCAAUCCCAAGAUAAUCCUGGGUUCAAACCGACACGUAUUUGAGACAACAUGGCUCGUACCUGCUUAGCCUUCAGCUACAACAGGUAGCUUUGUCUCGUUUGUAUUCGCUAGGCUCGCUGCAUUCACGAACAAAGUCGUAUGGUGGUGGUCGAGGUGAGGGUUAAAUAAGAAAGAAG